GCAGAAGCACCUGUUCCUGGCGGCGCAGCUCCUGGGCGGUGCACAGCGCGAACAGCGAGGAAAGCAGGAGCAGAAGGAGCGCUGCAGGUCUGAGGAGCCCAGCUUCGCGGAGCGCCUGGUGGUGAGCAUCGCUUGGAGGAGAAGGCGGCAAAGAUAGGCCCAGGAGUAAUGGCAUCCAAAAAGCAACAAGUCAAAAAGGAUCUCGCGGUGGAGAAUAAGGAAAAAGAAAACGGAGGGAAGGCCUCCAAGCAAAAUGAAGAAGAAUCCCACCACCUGGAAGAGGCUGAAAAGAAGAAGCCUGGGGCAAAUGUCAGAAGGGGUCGAGUGAGGCGAUUUGUGCCUAAUUUUCGAUGGGUCAAACCUAAUAGACAUGUUGAUCAGAAUGAAGGGGCAGAAGAUGUCGGGAGAUUUGUAGGGCAGGUAAUGGAAAUCAAGAGAAAGACUAGGGAGCAACAGGUGAGGCCUCACAUGCGUUUCCAAACACCGGAACCUGACAAUCAUUACGAAUUUUGCCUCAUACCUUGAAAUUUGAGGUUUUCUGAGCUUAUAAAAUGGCGACUGUUUUACAAGCUUGUAUUCAGUGAAGUUUUUUUUUUUUUUUCCGCUCUCUAAACUUUUGGUGUUUCCACUUAACGGUUUCUAUGUAACAUUGUUUAAUUGUUGCAUUUAAUUCUAAACAUUCCUACUAGCAUGACAAUUUAACCAUUUUAGAAAAAAUCUUUUUCAUAAUUUGAAAUUAAUAAAGCAAUUUAAAAAGCAAUAUAUGCUCAGUCAUC